AUGGAGGUGUACACCGUCAAAGUGGAGGAGUCGCGGCCGAGCACCGGCGGGAAGCCCUCCGCCGGCCCCGUUUAUCGGUGCGUCUACGCGAAGGACGGCCUGACUGAAUUGCCCAGUGGAUUGGAAUCCCCCUGGGAGUUCUUCAGGUGUGCCCAUCUCUCUCUCCAUUCGGGUCAUGGGGGGCAGCAGGUUUUCGCCACCAUCGAGUCAUCUCCCCGUUCCUGCGCCAUGAGAACGUAAACCGGCCGAGAUUUUCCAUAAUCUCUCACAGAGAACGGAGCUUCUGGGUGUGGAAGUCCGACGGCUCCCCUUGUAAGUGAGCAUCACUCUCUAUAGCAGAGCGCUUAACUGAUCUUCUCUCUUCUUCAGUGGAUCAGUGAAGAGGUACCCUCGAAACUCCAUGCUCGGCCAGCGCGAGGUCGUUGACGGCGAGGUACUACGUUCGCACGCAUGUUAUUCAUUCCUCCCCCGCGGCAAUGCCCAUCACCACGCGUUGACUUUACUCACACAUAUAGACCAUCUCUUAUUCCUCGGACGCCCACAAACUGCCCAGAUCACACGAUGAUUAAAGGCCCACAUUUGACUCUCUGAGGCCCACCGAUCAUAAUCUGGGAUUCUUGUUCAUCUGUAGGCGGGUCCGUAUGCGUGGCGAACUUACGAAGACGUGUACAAGAAAGCCAUCCAAGUUGGGAACGCCAUCAGAGAGCGCGGGGUCAACCCGGUGAGUCAUCCUCAGCCGCCCCCCUGCGAUUUAAGCCGUAGAUCUCUCUACCCUUUUAAUGGGUUUACUCGGAUUCAGGGAGAUCGUUGCGGAAUUUACGGAUCCAACUGCCCAGAGUGGGUGAUUGCGAUGGAGGUAUUUUCUCCCCUCGGGGUUCACAUUUAUGUAGAUAUUAAAUAUUCUAAUUAACCAAAGGGCCAACAUUUUUAUUUAAAUAAUUCCCAAGAAAAUCAUAUUGGCUGGCAUCAUAGAACACGUGAGGGUUGACUUCGACUUCUGAGAUACCCCCUGAUUUGAUGGUUCCGUUUGGUCUCUGGACAGGCCUGCAACAGUCAUGGCGUCUGCUAUGUGCCCCUCUACGAUACUCUGGGUAGGUUUUCUUUUUUCUUCCUUUAUUUAUUUUAAUUCUUAAAUUAAUGCAAAUUCUUUUUGAACUGCCAAGUUUUUUCAUAAAAGCCAUGAAAAUAUAAUCUACCCAUCAAGGAAAAAAAAAUAAUUUCUAUCCUCGCGUGCACUGCAGGAGCUAAUGCUGUAGAAUUCAUCAUCAACCACGCAGAGGUUUCGAUAGCGUUCGUUCAGGAGAGCAAGAUCUCAUCCGUAAGUUGAUCUUCCCAUCUAAUCCCUUCGGCCCAGAAGAUUAUUUUCCUAAAAAAUAAUAAUAAUAAUAAUAUGGAUAUUCUUAGAUGCUGUGAAAUAUAUUAAUUAACAUAGAUUACCUCACUCCUGUCUGUAAUCAAUCUCAAGCGAUUGUCCUGCUCUUCUGAAUCCUUCAUUUGUGGCUCAUGAUGCCCGAUUCUCAGUUCGUUGAUUGAGAGAUAGAAAGGCAUAUGAUCUCAGCUUCUAUAAGACCGGAAGAUUAUAAAAGCGAUUGAGCAGUCAGAAUAUGAGAAAUAAUAGCCCGCAUUCCACAGCGCAAAAUAGAAUUUCUUCUCUUCAUCCGUGUGCUUAGUUGUCGAGCUCAAGCUCGAACUACAUAAUUACAUGAAUUAUCGGAUGAAAAGAAGCGCACUUUACAGUUCUUGAUCGGAUGAAAGAUCUGAGUUUUUGUUUUAGUGAAUUAGGGUUUGAUGCUUUUGAUUUCUAUCCGCGUAAUGGUGAUGUGCUUGCGUUAUUCAGGUUUUAGCCUGCCUCCCCAACUGUUCUUCACAUCUGAAGAGUAUGCGAGCAUCACAUCACCCCUCCUAAUUUUCAGCAACUGUCUUUGGGGCAGCGACAUUUUUCCUCCUACUUAGCAUCUUUUUCAUGGCAAUUUCGCCCAGCAAUCGUCAGCUUCGGGAAGGUGGCGUCUGCGCAGGAGAGAGAAGCGUCCCAGCUUGGCGUCUCCUGCUUCUCCUGGGAGGAGUUUUCUUCAUCGGUGGGUGGAUCCCAUCAGCUGCCCUUUCCUUCUCCAUGGAUCGCAAUUAGCUGCAAUCAUAUGAUUCUCUUCGGUAGGAGGAGGAGGAGUUCAUCUGGCAGUUGACUAUUAACGGUUACUCUUCUUUAUUCCACUCAAGCAAGCUAUAAAUUAUUAUUUAAUUUCUUUCCUUUCUUGUUCACAGUAAAAAAAGAAAAAAAGAGUGAUAAUUAACAAGCAAAAAAAAAAAACUGCCGGAUGAUGAUCCAUCCCCACUAUAAAUCUUUAUUUCUUUAUUUUCCAAAUAAAAAUCCAGCCUGUGAACGGAAAUUAAUUAGUAUUAUUAUUCUUCAUGAUCCUGACCCCGAGCCUGUCUCCCUCCUCUCAGGGGAAGACCAGCUUCAGGCUGCCCCCCAAGAACAAGGAUGACCUUUGCACGAUCAUGUACACGAGCGGAACCACUGGAGAUCCGAAGGGCGUGAGGUUGACCAACGGAGCAGUCAUAGGCGAGGUCGUCACCACGGAGCUCCUCCUUCAAGAAACGGAUAAAGUGGUAGCAUUCUAAACCCAGAAAUGGAAGAACCCUUCUGUUCCGGCCUUAGAUUUCCGCCCGUUUUGGAAAAAGUCAACGUCUCCCUGGUGAAUAUUUGGCCUAAAUUUCAUGAAUAUUCACAACGGGUUCUAAUCAAUCAGCGCGCGGUCGCAUAAAAAUCUAAUCUUUUUUUUCUCACAGCACGAGAUAAUCAUGCCCAAACUUGAAAACCAGAUAAUCCGCACACAUUUAUUCAUGUGAAUCAAGUUUCCAUUUCUGGUAUGGAAUCCAGGUGACCGAAGAAGAUUCCUACUUCUCCUUCCUCCCCCUGGCCCACGUGUUCGACCAGAUCAUGGAGAACUACUGCAUCUACAAGGGAGCGUCGAUCGGGUACUGGCGAGGGGUAGGAACUAGCAAACUCCCCUGUUAGAUUUAUUUUUUAAAAUAUAUAUAUAUUAUCUCGAUCAUAAAAAUUCAUUUUUUUCUUAAAAAAUUCUCCCGUACUGGCGUUUUCAGGAUGUUCGCUAUUUAAUGGAGGAUCUCCGAGAAUUAAAGCCGACGAUUUUCUGCGGCGUUCCUCGAAUCUACGAGCGCGUGUACACGAGUCUGUUCCUCGAGCUUAUUCUGUACCCCACCAGUUUGAUCCCCAUUGUUCGUCCGGCCUGUUAGCUAAUCCGAGUUCUGUUCUUCUGAAGGUGUCCACGAGAAGCUUUCCUCCGGCGGGGCGUUGGCCAAGAAGCUGUUCCAAUACGCUUACGACUUGUGCGGAAGAGUCACUGCUCAAAUCGUCGAUUCUCGCGCAUGAAACAUCUGUCAGGGAUCUAACUUGGCCGAAGCUUGCUUGUCGUGUGCUGUUUGCAGCAAGCUGAAGAACCUGAGGAGGGGAAUCAAGCAGGACGAGGCAUCGCCCUUGUUCGACAGACUCGUAUUCAACAAGGUGCCGAUUCAGCCACCCGCCGGGAUCUUUCUGGUUUCGGAUUUAUGUUCUGAUUGAAUGUGAGAUGAUUCUCGCCGUAGAUCAAGCAAGUGCUGGGUGGGCGAGUGCGGAUCCUCAUCUCCGGGGCGGCGCCAUUGCCGGGCAAUGUGGAGGAGUUCCUGAGGGUCGCGACCUGCAGCGUCGUGAUCCAAGGAUAUGGUUGGUGGUGGAGGAAGGAGGGACACUGAGAGCUUUGUAUCAAUCAAGCUCUGAAGUAUCGUCAUGGUCGUUUUUGAUCUCCCCCCGUCUUCGAUUUGCAGGCCUCACAGAGAGCUGCGCCGGGUGCUUCACCUCCGUAGCCAACGUGUUCCCGAUGAUGGGGACGGUGGGCGUGCCGGUGACCACCGUCGAGGCCAGGCUGGAGUCGGUCCCGGAGAUGGGCUACGACGCCCUCUCCGAGAUACCCCGCGGGGAGGUCUGCCUGAGAGGGAAGACCCUCUUCUCCGGCUACCACCGCCGCCCGGACCUCACCGACGCCGUUCUUGAGGACGGCUGGUUCCACACAGGUGAGAAACGAACCCUUGAAACAACAGCACCCACCCACCCUCCCCUUCUCCAUGCCUCCAAGCUCUGGUUCGAGCUUCUUCCUGUGGAUUUAUUCAGGGGACGUCGGGGAAUGGCAACCGAAUGGCGCGAUGAAGAUCAUAGACAGGAAGAAGAACAUCUUCAAGCUGUCGCAGGGAGAGUACAUCGCUGUGGAGAGCAUCGAGAGAGCCUACAGCCAGUGCCGCCUCGUCGCCUCAGUGAGUUCGUCCCCCCGAAAACCAUAUGAAUUCCCCGAGAUUCCUGGUACGAAAAUAUUUCCUCGAUUACGGAACGAUUCGGAUGAUGACCGACGCGCCGCAGAUCUGGGUCUACGGGAACAGCUUCGAGUCCUUCCUCGUCGGCGUGGUCGUCCCGGAGAAGGGGCCCUUCGAGGACUGGGCGGCGGCGAAUGGCCUCUCCGGCGGCUUCCAGUCGCUCUGCGAGAAUCAGAAGGCGAGGGAGCACGUCCUCGAGGAGCUGGACAAGACCGCCAGGGGCCAGCAGGUAGGUCUCCGAGCAACCUGUCGAUAACACACCGGGGAGGACAUCUGGCUCAGGAGCUCGAUCUUCUCGGAACAGCUCAGGGGCUUCGAGAUGGUGAAGGCGAUCCACCUUGAGCCGACCCCCUUCGACAUGGAGAGGGACCUCAUGACGCCGACGUUCAAGCUCAAGAGGGCCCAGCUUCUGAAACUCUACCAGGUGCGAAACUUCCGGGAUUUCUUCUUAAACCCCGCAGGUAGAGCAUCCCUGAACUUCUGAGUAAUGCUCCAUUUCAUGCAGGGCCGCGUUGACCAGCUUUACAGAGAGGCUAGAGACAGAAUGCGCGGCGAGUUCAGCUGCCAGUAA